AUGUCAAAGAAAGCAAAGUUAAAGUCACGUCGAGACCUAUCUGAGUGUCCCUACAAUGCAUUGCGACCCGUGUUUGGUGUACUGUCAUUGCUAUUGUUUUUGGUAUCAAUUAAUGCCAGCUCUUAUGUAAUGUUUAUAUACUUUAACGCACCGGACUGUCAUAUAUGCGAGUCCAAUGUGACCGACAAAUCAUGUCAUUUGUAUUGCAAUAUAAAAAUCGAUGACUACUUAUAUUCAGAUAUACAAGAAAAUAGGAAACAAUUAUUACUUUAUUUAGCACUGGUUUUGACAAUCCGUUGUAUUGCAUAUAUCAGUGCAUUCAUUGGUGUCUUUCUUUUCAAUAUCUAUUUAAUGACAACUUAUGUCAUCUUAUAUUUUGGUCUAAUAAUAGCCUUUCUGUUAGACAUUGCGUUCAUUGCUAUUGAAGGCAAUUCAUUGUCGGGUUUCGUGUUUGGCAGGACUACCGAUACAUUAAUCGUUUAUUCAGUGUUUUAUAGCAUUGAAAUUAUUGUUUAUUUUAUGGGUUUGGUCUUAAGCCACAAAUAUAUGUUAAUUAAGUGCAACGCUUGACAUGACUUUUAUAUCAUACGUAUUACGUAUAAACACAUAUAACUACAACAUAUGCAAUACAUUUAACACAACAUAUCAUUUAAUUUAUAUUUAAUAUAUU